GUCAGUUCUGCCAUCGAGACGAGCUCGGCCGAUGCCAAGGCAAGGUGGCCAAGGUCAAUGCAGAGCUGGCCGCAGAUCCCGCAAAAGCCACCAGCGAGGACGGACCCAAGUUCCAGUACUACCUGAACAACAUGCAGAAGGCCAUCAUGACCUACCAAUCCGCGCUCUCCACCGCCAAUACCUACACGGUUGCCAUGGGGCAAGUCUGCAAGGUGAAUGAUGCGGCAGAAGCGGCGACCAGGCUCUACGCCGAGAUGAACCCAAUGGCCUCUUCCAAGUUCCACUUGCCCUCCGCCCUCUUGGGCUAUGGUCGUCUUCCGCACCACAAAGGCCUCACGUUCUCAGGUAUCCUUGAUGGAAGAGGGUACUUUGGAGUGAAGACUCCAGCAGCAAAAGCCUGCGUUCGCUUUAGAGCAACUUUUGGCUUGCGCCAUCUGACAGGUUGGUGGCAAUCUGGGUCGUCUAUCAGAGUAGCCACGACAACGGUGGCCCGCUCGUUUCAAGUACGCCAGCAGUCUUUGGAGAUCUUGAAAACGGAGCUACUUUGUGUCUGUGCUUCUUAA